CAUUAUCUUUAUUAUUUUUUAAUUUAUUUUUUAUACUUUCGAUCCGGAUCCAGCCCUGACUAUUCAAUGGAAGUAUGUUAUCAGCUGCCGGUUUUGCCUCUAGACAGGCCGGUUCCCAAGCAUGUCCUCAGCCGUAGGGGAGCCAUUAGUUUCAGCUCCAGCUCUUCUCUCUUCGGGGCUCCUGAUCCGAGACAGCUGUCACAGAGACGAGGGGCCAUCUCCUACGACAGCUCCGACCAGACUGCACUGUACAUUCGUAUGCUAGGAGCUUGUGUAGUAUUCAAACAGCUGUUUGCAAGAGAUGUGAGAGUGAGAAGUCAGGUUGGAUUUGAACCGGAACGAAGAAGCUCCCACCCAUACCUGUGCAUCGACUUCCGAACUCUUCACACGCGGCUGGGCUAUGGAUCCACGUCAGACAGCACUGCUCCUGAGAGGAGGGUCCACAGACUGCUCAGCUUCCAGAGGUACCUGCACUCGUCACGAAUGCUGCGGGGAGUCCCCCAGCAGAUCCCCCUCCACAUCCUGGAUGAAGACUACACUGGACAGGCCAGAUGCAUGCUGGAAAAAGUCGGGAACUGGAAUUUUGACAUUUUCCUCUUCGAUAAGUUGACAAACGGAAACAGUCUGAUCACCCUGACCUUCCACCUGCUGAACCAGUAUGGCCUGGUGGAGCUCUUCCAGCUGGACAUGGUCAAACUCUGGAGGUUCCUGGUCAUGGUCCAGGAGGACUAUCACAGUGACAACCCCUACCAUAACGCUGUCCACGCUGCAGAUGUCACACAGGCCAUGUACUGCUACAUGCGGGAACCCAUGCUUGCCAAAUCUCUGACCUCUUGUGACCUCCUACUGGGAAUCCUGGCAGCCGCCACACAUGACCUGGACCAUCCUGGGGUCAACCAGCCUUUCCUCAUCAAGACUGACCACUAUCUAGCUACACUCUAUAGGAAUACCUCAGUUCUGGAAAACCACCACUGGAAGUCUGCAGUGGGCCUGCUCAGAGAGACUGGGCUGUUGUCCCAUCUGCCAGCUGAAGACAGCCUGAACAUGGAGAGGGAGUUGGGCUCCUUAAUCCUGGCCACGGACAUCAGCAGACAGAAUGAUUACCUGUCCAGGUUCCGCAGGCACCUGGACCAGGAGAACCUGUGCUUGAGCAAUGCCAGCCACCGUCACUUCAUUCUGCAGAUGGCUCUGAAGUGUGCAGACAUCUGUAACCCCUGCAGACCCUGGGAGCUGAGCAAACAGUGGAGUGAGAAAGUGACUGAGGAGUUCUUCCAACAAGGAGAUAUUGAGAAGAAGCACAAACUUGAAGUCAGCCCACUUUAUGACAGAGAGAUCAACACAGUUGGUAACAUUCAAAUCGGCUUCAUGACGUACGUGGCGGAGCCGCUGUUUGCAGAGUGGACCCGUUUCUCUGACACUCGUCUGUCUCAGACCAUGCUGGGCCACAUGGGGCUGAACAAGGCCAGCUGGGGCGCCCUGCAGCAGGAACAAACCUCCGUCUCCAAGGAGGCGGAGCCCAGCUCAGCCGGUGCCGAGACAGAAGGCGCCGCCGCCCGAGGAGACAGCAACACCGCUACGGCUGCAGGAGGAACCAGCUCCAAAGAAAUACCUCAGGGAAGCAGAGAAUCCUGACACUCCUUGUGUGCCCUUUCACCUCAGCCUCCUGACCCCGGCCUCAGGGCCUCACCACACAACGGGGGCCUGGUGGGACAUGCACUGGGCCUGCAGCCCUGCUGCUGCCCCACCUGAUCAUGACACCUUGUUUAUGUUUUGUUGCUUAUGCCUCCCAUCUUGAUAAACCACUGAUUUUAUUUAAUUUAUUUAAUUUUUAAUUCUUCUUUUUUGGCAUAGAGCAAUACAUAGAUACCUCAUUUGGCUACUGCUGUAUUUUCUUUAAUUUGCUUUGUUUUAUUUAUUUGUCCACUAUAGUUUUGGCAUUACUGACUGAACACACCACUUUUUUUGUUGGUGAACCUUAAGGGGAAAGCAGUAUACGAGCUGAAGAAGACAUUUUUCUGGUAUUUUGAAGUGCCAUUUGAAAACAAAGUGUGAAGACUGAUCUGAACUGAAUUGACUUAGACAACUGGAGUGUUCAGACAUGAGACCCUCCUAAGACUUAAUGCCAUGUUGCAUUUGUAUUGAAGAUACUUCCUCAUGUAAAACAAAAAAAAAAUGUGACAAGCCCAGUCCUUUUGCUGCCUCUACGAAGACUGUUUACGCAUUUUUCUUGUUCGUUGUUUCGUUCACUUGAAGCUGAAGUGAAUCAUGCCCGCUCCACGGUUUGCCUUUCGAAGCACAGAUGUGAAGAACCACUCGUUUGAAUUGUCAUCCCACUGUUGAAGCCAUGAGCGGAACCUUAUUCAAACACACUCGAUGCCAUAAGUUACUCCACCUGUGCUACAACGUGUUCUUGCACUCUCAAAUAACGAUGGUGUUGGAUGUGCAGCUUCGUCUCCAAGAGAGACCCUGUGAAGGUAUUGUAGACAUUAGUCUUUUUCUGAUGAUGUUUCCGAUGAAUCUUCCAGUGCUGGUUGAACUCGGGGGUAGCUUCCCUCCCAGACUGGAGAUCAGUUACUCACUGCACAUGCAUCUCACCUGGAACUCCACUCCACGCAACUCGACUCGCUCAGGGUUUUGCCAGUCUCUUAUCCAGAGGGAGAGGGGGAGGGGGUGACUGCGGACGAUGCAGGGUUGUUGUUGUUUUGUUUUUCUGGCUAGGAUCUACUGAAGGAGACUCUCCCUCUCCGCAGAAUGUCUCUCACAGCCACAUGCAACCUAAAGGACUGCUCGAUUGAUGCCUUAUAACUAUGCACAAACUAUGCUAAGUGACCAAACCAGCUCCUGUUCCCAUCAAGUGCAUGGUGUGCUUGUCUCUGAAUGCACUGUCCGAUCCCUUUGCCUUUUGUUGUGAAGAACAACUCCAGCUGUCCUUCUUUUGUACGGAAACAAAAUGGUCGAGUGACUUUGAACAUUCCAUUUUCUUUGUGUUCGGUUUGUCUACCUUGAUUCAAUAUAGUGGCACAAAUGGUGUUUUUGUGUUUGAACAUUUUGAAAGAUAACAGGUGCUUUUCUUACUUUAGCUGAUUUGUAUUUUUGCUGUAAGUGCUGUAAGACUGUUGAUAAAACUGUUUACAAUUUGUUGCGACAGCCAUUUUUGGGAAGACUUCGGUGUCGAGCCAGAUUUUGUAAAGGCUUUGCUGUAUUGACCUUUUUGAUACAUGCCUGUUGCAGUUUCGAUUUGAAUAAUAAAACCUGUU